CGCUGAGCGCUCUGACGUUAUCCACUCCCUCUCUCUCUCUCUCUCUCUCUCUGAGCAUGGCGGGUGGAUAGCUUCCUUCGCCACCACCACCGCCGCCGCCACCGCCGCCGGCGAUGCUUCGGAUUCAGGCGUUUCCGCCUCCACCUCCGACGUCGGUAUCACCGAAACCACCGCUCUCUCUCCAUGAAUGCGCCUUCUCUCCUUCUCCUUCCUCCUUCCUCUUCUUCUGCUCCGCUCCGACGGCAGUCGCUCCUCCGACGGCGGAGGACCGGGAAGCCCAACCUCAAGCCCCUCACCUCCCGCAUCGUCCAGCUCACCCGCCGCCGGCAGCUCUGUCAGAUUUUUGAGGAAGUCGAAAUUGCCAAGAGAAGAGAUGGGAAGCUCAACACUAUAGUGAUGAAUGCAGUGAUGGAAGCAUGUGUUCACUGUGGGGAUGUCGAUGCGGCGCUUAAGAUCUUUGAGGAGAUGUUAAAGCCCGAAAGUUGUGGUGUAGAUAGUGUGACGUAUGGCACACUGCUGAAGGGCUUAGGUGAUGCGCGAAGAAUUGAUGAAGCAUUCCAAGUACUUGAAUCUGUGGAGAAAGGUACUGCUAUGGGAAAUCCCAAGUUGUCAGCAGUGAUGAUCUUUGGUCUACUAAAUGCUCUUAUCGAAGCAGGAGAUCUACGCCGUGCUAAUGGUCUUCUUGCUCGAUAUGGCUAUGUGUUACAUGAGGGUGGCAGACCUUCAAUUCUAAUGUACAACUUAUUGAUGAAGGGAUACAUAAACUCCGGUUUGCCCCAAGCAGCUUUAAAUGUCCACGAGGAGAUGUCACACCAAGGAUUGGAUCCUGAUAGAUUAACCUAUAAUACUCUAAUCUUCGCAUGCACAAAAACAGGAAAUCUUGAUGCAGCUAUGUGUUUUUUCGAGGAAAUGAAGGAAAAAGGAGAGACGAAUGGCUACGAGGUGAUUCUCCCUGAUGCAGUAACUUACACCACUUUGCUUAAGGGUUUUGGGCACUCCAUGGAUUUAGUUUCAGUUCAGAAGAUUGUAUGUGAAAUGAAAUCACGUAAUGAUCUGGUUUUGGAUCGGACUGCUUACACAGCAACAGUUGAUGCAUUGCUGAAUUGUGGAUCGAUCAAAGGUGCUUUUUGUGUUUUUGGAGAGAUAUUAAAACGGGCUGGUCAGAAUUCAGACUUGAAACCAAAGUCCCACCUAUAUCUUUCCAUGAUGCGUGCCUUAGCUGCUAGAGGAGAUUAUGGAAUGGUCAGACUUCUGCAUAGGCGCAUGUGGCCUGAUUGUGCUGGAACCAUUAGCUAUAAUGUUCAAGAAGAGGCAGAUCACCUUCUCAUGGAGGCUGCUUUCAAUGAUGGUCAGGUAGAUAUUGCUGUACGGACCCUACAUGACAUCAUGAGAAGGUGGAAGGCAAUAUCAUGGACAAGUCGAGGGGGCAUGGUCGCUAUGCACAUAGAGGCUUUGUUGGGAACUGCAAACUCCUUGUUCAGUCCUCACUUACUUCCUAGGGUAUCUUUAUACGAACCUAUUAAAAGUAUCAUGAUGCACUUUGAAGCAGCUAGGCCGCUACCAGGUACUCUGCUUCUGAAGAAAGUGACUAUGCGGUUCUUUAGGGAUUCAGUAGUCCCUAUUGUAGAUGACUGGGGUAGCUGCAUAGGGCUCUUGCAUCGUGAAGAUUGUAAUGAGUUAAAUUCUCCGCUAUCAGCCAUGAUGAGAAGUCCACCUCCUUGUGUUACUACCAGGACAUCCAUUGGUCGCGUGGUUGAACUGAUUCUGGAAAAGAAGUACAAAAUGGUGGUAGUAGUAAGAUAUGGUGAUUUAUACAGCGGCAUAGCAAGCACGAGUGUAAGGGCAGUGGGAGUUUUUACCGCUACUCAGUUGUUUAAGCUUGUCGAUCCUCCCCUCACUACCGAUCACUUUAACACCACUUAGCUGAACAAUUUUUUUUUUCCAGUUCUGUUUUUCCUCGAUUUGAAUUUUGUUUCCUCCCUUUCUCCCCCUGAAAAUGGAGUUAAUUUAGCGGAAUGAGCAUGGCGGAACAUGACCUUCAUGUCUCGUCUCUCAGAUGGGCGAUUGAUUCCCUUGGAGGGUUGUAUCCGGUUCAACCGAGUGUGGUAAACAAACGAAACGACCAUGUUAGGUCAAGGCCAA